AUGCUCCUAUUUGAUGCUAUCCAAGUCACGCGACAGGCCAUACCCGGUUCGGCAACAACUAAGCGCGAAUCCCCGACUCUGGUUACAUUCACCAGUAAACACCCCUUGAUAGCCAUGACGAAAGGCAUCCUGUCGUCGAAAAAGGUCCUUGUCUCAGGCGGCACCGGCUUCGUCGGCUCGGCCACGGUGCGCGCCCUGGCAGAGAAAUACCCCGACUGCGCCGUCACCAUCCUCGAUCGCAGUCCGCCCCGCCCGGAGCAUGCCCUUCCUGACAGAAUCGCAUGUCUCCAGGUCGAUAUCACCUCUGCAGAAGAAGUCAGCAAGGCCUUGCAGGUCGUGAAACCGGAUGUUGUCGUGCAUACCGCGGGCAUUGUCCCAGCCCUGGCAGACCGAUUCGGCAGAGCGCGGGAACGCGAAGUGUGGAAAAUUAAUGUCGAGGGCACGCGCAAUGUACUCAACGCAGCCAAGGAGACUGGUGUGACGGGGUUUAUAUAUACAAGUACCUGCUGCGUGACGACGGACGAUAUGAACUUGCCCUACCCCAACAUCAAUGAAGCAUGGCCAACUUCUCCACAUUCUCUAAUAUACGGCGAGUCCAAGGUGAGGCUAUGCCUUCUUUCCUUUAUACACUACUAA